UUUGACAGCUCUCCGUGUCCUGAUCAGGAGAAGCAGCCGUCGCUCCGCAGCCUCCUCCUCUCCGGUAAACCGUCCGUUCUUACCGAGCUGCGGCUCCGGAGCUCCGCCACCUGAGACUUUCCAAACUGGAUUCCCGGAGCUCCUCGCCAUGCAUGCCCGGCUUUAGAUUCUCCAUGGAGCUCUCUAACCUGUACGAGGUCGCGCCCCGGCCCCUGAUGAGCAGCCUGACCCACGGCCAGCAGCCCUCCUCCGGCUACAGAGACCCGGCAGAGCUCGGCGGUGAGAUCGGAGACAGCGAGACGUCCAUCGACCUGAGCGCCUACAUCGACCCAUCGGCGUUCAACGACGACUUCCUUGCCGACCUGUUCCACCACAGCUCCCGGCAAGACAAGCUGAAGAUGAUGAACGGGGAGUACGACCCGGUUCCGUGCGGCCCGGGGCCCCAGCAGCUCUACAUGUCCAACUACAUGGAGUCCAAGCUGGAGCCCCUCUACGAGCACAACCCGCCGCGCCUGCGCCCGGUGGCCAUCAAGCAGGAGCCGCGGGACGACGAGGACCUGAACCCCGGUCUGCCUCCCACCUACCACCACCCGCACGCGCACUCCCAGCAGUACCAGCACCCCCCGCAGCAGCCGCAGAUGCCGCACCUCCAGUACCAGAUCGCGCACUGCGCCCAGACCACCAUGCACCUCCAGCCGGGUCACCCGACGCCCCCGCCGACCCCGGUGCCCAGCCCGCACCAGCACCACCACCAGCACCCGCACCAGCACCAGCACCCGCAGCAGGGCGGCCUGAAGCUGCUGGACCCGCAGCGGGGCGGCGGGAAGCCCAAGAAGCACGUGGACAAGAGCAGCCCGGAGUACCGGCUGCGGCGGGAGCGCAACAACGUGGCCGUGCGCAAGAGCAGGGACAAGGCCAAGAUGCGCAACAUGGAGACGCAGCAGAAGGUGGUGGAGCUGACCACCGACAACGACAGACUGAGGCGGAGGGUGGAGCACCUGACCCGGGAGCUGGACACGUUACGGGGCAUCUUCAGGCAGCUGCCCGACGGAUCCUUCAAACCUCUGGGCAGCUGAGAGACUCCGACCCGCAGCUGGACGCAGCUGGAUUUACGCACGGAGGAGCUGCUGUUCACUGCAAACACACGAGGCUGAGCGCGUGCACAGCCGGACUUUAGGUGGACUGAGGUGAGGACUGAUCCAGACCCGCCCAGGGCUCGUGUUGUUGCAGUGAUCAUGUGCCUUUGGACUGUGCAGAAUAAGCUGGUUCCACAGCGGACUCGUAUUUGUGCCUUUUUCCCACCAGACAUAUCAGAGCAGCUAAGGUAGGGCACGGGGAGCGCGCACGGGGAGCGCGCCCCAGCCUGUUGUGCAUGUUUCUUAUUCUUGUGUUUUAUACAGUUAGAGUCUCUUCUUACCUUCACCUGUGUGUGUUCCAGUGUCAGAAUCAUUCCAGUGUUUUUAAAGCUGAACCUCGGUGCUGGAGCUCCAACCUGAUCACCUGAAAUGUUUCAAUGUGGACUCAGUAAUGAGUUGCAGCUAAAUGUGGACUUUGUGAAGAGUUUUCUGUAGAACAUGAAGGCGGUGCUCCUCAGCAGCACUUGUUCCCCUCAAAGACUCCAAACAUCUGAUCAGUAGAAACAUGAGCUCUGAGAGGAACUCCUCCUCUGAAGCUGGAGUCUUUCAUGCCAAAGUCAAAGAUUAAAGCUGAGUGAGUUCAACUGGAAUGAAGCUGUGGACCCUGUGUGUGGUUCUGCAGCAGCUCCUGGAUGCACUAAAGAGGUUCUGACAGAACGUCGAUGUUCUGAAUGUGAACAGGGUUCUAUGCAACGUGACUCUUCCUCUCUGGACUCGUGGUGCCUUCUGAUCCACCUUUGACCUCCUGAUUUAACAGAUUCCACAGAUCGGAGUCAGCGAGGAAGAAGGAAGCACUUUGCUGUUGUUUUUUAUUUUUACAAACUCUGAUGUUGUUUCAAACUUUACGUCUCAAUUGUAAAAUAAGCCUAUAUAUAAAUAUAUAUGAAUAAAUAUAUAUAUAAAAUACCAAAAAAUCUGAAGUAUUAUAAUAAAAGAAGCUUGUUUUAACAGAA